AUGUCUUCUCUCACAUUGAACGUCUCCCAUGAGACCUCCCUACAUGCACAAAUCACUCGACCUUCUCUCCCUUCGGACAAACCUCUUCUUGUCUUUCUCCACUACUGGGGAGGAUCCUCUUCCACAUGGCACAAACUCACGUCACCCGAUUCACCAACAACCGUGGCUACCGCCUAUCCAACCAUUGCUCUCGACCUACGAGGAUGGGGUAAAUCGACAGGGCCAGCAGACUCACACGGAGCCCCUUAUUCAAUCUCUACACUAGCCUCGGACGUUGCCUUUACCCUGCAACACAUCUCGUCCAACAAUGACACGCAAGAUCUCCUGGCAAACGGCUUCGUCUUUGUCGGUCACUCCAUGGGAGCCAAAGUGUCGCUGGCCACCCUCUCUGUUCUUCCUACCUAUCUUCUCCAGAAAAUGAAAGGUCUAUUAUUGGUGGCCCCCGCGCCGCCAGGAGCUCUGGAACUACCUUCCGAAAUGAAGGACCAGCAAAAGGUUGCUUACCAGAGUGAGCAAUCGAUCCGGUGGACGGUCGAGAACGUACUUGCUCAGCCUGACAAGCUGAGUGAGCAAGACAUCCACUUUGUUGUUCGGGAUAGCUUGGGUGGGCAUCAGCUGGCCAAGGAAGCGUGGCCAACAUAUGGCAUGCAAGAGGAUAUUACAGACAGUUUAGCGAAGGCUCUAGGCUCGAUUAACGGCGACGAGCUGCGAGUCAGUGUGCUUGUUGGGGAACGUGAUAUUGUUGAGCCGAAAGAGCGGGUCCUGGUUCAAGUCAUCGGUUUCUUGCAAGAGAAUGGAGUCAAUACUGAUUUGAAGAUUGUAAAUGGCGUGAAGCAUUUGAUUCCAUUGGAGGAUCCUGAAGCAAUUCAGAAGGAGAUUGUUCUUUUUUAG